GUAGUGUAGGGUUUAAGAGAGGGGUUUAUCUUCUUCUUCUUCUUCUUCUUCGUUUCUCUCUCUCUCUCUCUCUCUCUCUCUCUCUCUAUCUAUCUAAGUAUAUGUAUAUUCUGGUUUUGCAAGUAUGGCUUCCAUAGCUUCCUUAUCGCCGAGCCCCAGGGCUCAACUCCACACUUCAUGGGGUUCCAAAAGCCUGAAACCAAAGAGGAAAUCCUUAAUCUCAGGCCCCAAUUGUCAGAAACUCUCUCAAAAUCUCCCGAUCGCUUCUUCUUCUUCUUCUUCUUCUACUUCUUCUUCUUCUUCUUCUUCCUCUUCUUUCCCUCACAACCUCAGAUUGCCGUCGUUGAACCCUUUAGUUUCCACUCACUUGCACCCCUUGCCGGACUCGACGGAAGAGGGUUUGCUCGAAAACCUGGAGGAAUUGACCAAUUUGCAGCCAAGUCCUAAUGGAUUUCAUCAGAUUCAUCCUCGAGAAUCGAUUCGGAGGGUUUUUAUACAGGACCCGCCGUGGAUUACUUCAUUGUUUGUAAAGAAUUUGUACAAGAGGGUUAAACAUGGGUUAAAUUCAGAAUUUCGAGAAGUUGACCGAAGGAAGUAUAAUUUGCUGAGGAGGCGGCAAAUUAGGGAAGAGACUGAGGCUUGGGAAAAGAUGGUCGAGGAGUACCGGGAGUUUGAGAAGGAAAUGUGUGAGAAAAAGUUGGCGCCCAAUUUGCCUUAUGUGAAGAAGCUGUUUUUGGGUUGGUUUGAGCCUUUGACGGAGGCGAUUACCAAGGAGCAGAGGACACAGCGGUCGAAGAAGCAGAAGGCUGCUUUUGCGCCUUAUAUUGAUUCAUUGCCUGCUGAUAAGAUGGCAAUUAUUGUGAUGCAUAAGAUGAUGGCUAUGUUGAUGGCUGGAAAAGAGGACAGCUCUGUUAGGGUUGUUGAGGCUGCAGUUCAGAUUGGUGUGGCAAUUGAGCAGGAGAUCAGGAUUCAUGGUUUCUUGGAGAAAACAAAGAUGUACAGGAGAAAGAAGAUUGUAGCUCCAACUACUGAACGCUUCAGUAAGGAUGCUGAGAUACUAAGGAAACGAGUAAAAAAUUUAAUUAAAAGGAAAAGGUUAAUUGAGGUGCAAAAGCUGGUGCAGAACGAAGAAAUAAAGCCUUGGGGCCGUGACACACAGGCUAAGCUGGGUUGCCGUCUGAUAGAGUUAUUAAUGGAAACAGCUUAUGUGCAGCGUCCAGUUGACCAGUCAGCAGAUUGCCCACCUGAUAUUCGACCUGCAUUUAGGCACCUAUUCAGAAUUACAAAUGACGUUGGGCAGAAGAUUGUCAAGAGGUAUGGAGUUAUAGAAUGUGAUCCUCUAGUCCUCACAGGAUUGGAUAGAACUGCUAGGCAUAUGAUCAUUCCUUAUGUGCCAAUGUUGGUGCCUCCAAAGAAAUGGAAAGGGUAUGACAAAGGGGGAUACCUGUUCUUACCUUCUUAUCUUAUGCGUACUCAUGGAUCCAGGCGGCAACAAGAAGCUGUUAAGAGUGCCACAGCAAAACAAAUGCAGAAAGUAUAUGAGGCCCUGGAUACUCUGGGAAGUACCAAGUGGAGAAUUAACAGAAGAGUUUUGAGUGUGGUGGAGAGUAUUUGGGCUGGCGGUGGCGACAUUGGUGGUCUUGUUGAUCGCGAAGAUGUUUCCAUACCUGAGAGGCCGCACUCAGAUGAUUUUGCAGACAUUAGGAAAUGGAAAUGGAGUGUGAGGAAGGCCAAAAAAAUUAACCAAGAGUUGCAUUCUCAACGAUGUGAUACUGAACUUAAACUUUCUGUGGCUCGGAAAAUGAGAGAUGAGGAAGGCUUUUACUAUCCCCACAAUCUGGAUUUCAGGGGUCGUGCUUAUCCUAUGCAUCCACAUUUGAAUCAUCUGAGUUCUGAUCUCUGCCGAGGAGUUCUUGAGUUUGCAGAAGGACAACCAUUAGGCAAGUCUGGGUUACGUUGGCUGAAGAUACACUUGGCAAACCUCUAUGCAGGUGGUGUUGAAAAGCUUUCUUAUGAUGGGCGACUAGCAUUUGUGGAAAAUCAUCUGGAUGAUGUACUAGAUUCAGCAGACAACCCACUUAAUGGAAAUCAGUGGUGGUUAACUGCUGAAGAUCCUUUUCAAUGUUUGGCGGCUUGUAUUAAUCUGUCAGAAGCCUUAAAGAGCUCAUCACCAUAUACUGUCAUCUCCCACCUGCCUAUUCAUCAGGAUGGUUCAUGCAAUGGCCUACAGCACUAUGCAGCCCUGGGAAGAGAUGCUAUGGAAGCAGCUGCCGUCAACUUGGUUGCUGGAGAGAAACCUGCUGAUGUUUACUCUGAAAUAGCUGCUAGGGUACAUGACAUCAUGGAAAGGGACAGCAAUAAAGAUCCUGCAACCAAUCCAAGUGCUUUACUAGCCAAACUCUUAAUUGGACAGGUGGAUAGAAAGCUAGUGAAACAGACAGUGAUGACUUCAGUAUAUGGUGUUACUUACAUUGGGGCAAGAGAGCAGAUCAGAAGAAGAUUACAGGAAAAGGGUCAAAUUACUGAUGAUAGCAUGCUUUUUAAAGCAUCUUGCUAUGCUGCUAAGGUGACGAUGGCUGCCCUUGGAGAGCUAUUUGAAGCUGCACGUAGCAUAAUGGGUUGGCUUGGUGAUUGUGCAAAGGUUAUUGCUUCAGAAAAUCAACCUGUGCGGUGGACUACUACUCUAGGUCUUCCUGUUGUGCAACCCUACUUUAAAGCUGAACGGCAUGUUAUAAGAACUUCUCUUCAGGUGUUGGCUUUGCAGCGAGAGGGCAACUUGGUCGAAGUCCGGAAACAGAGGACUGCAUUUCCCCCAAAUUUUGUGCACUCGCUUGAUGGUACACACAUGAUGAUGACAGCUAUUGGAUGCAGGGAUGCUGGAUUGCGUUUUGCAGGAGUGCAUGAUUCCUUCUGGACGCAUGCGUGCGAUGUUGAUAGGAUGAAUAGGAUCCUCAGAGAAAAGUUUGUGGAGCUGUAUAGCUACCCUGUACUUGAAAAUUUGCUGGAAAACUUCCAACAAUCAUAUCCAGAGUUGACAUUCCCUCCCCUCCCACCUAGAGGUGACUUCGACUUGCAACAAGUUCUCCAGUCUCCAUACUUCUUCAACUGACACUCCACAUAUCUGUAGCAUCUUUGCUACUCCAAGCAGACAUUUCCACCAUUUCAGCCUCCAGAAAAUGUAUCAAAGGUGGUUUGGCUGAAGUUUGAUUUGGGAAAUGGGGGUGGAACUCAGAGAACAGUUACAAUGGGAAGGCAAAAGCGCGUGUUCGCGGUUGUGUUAGUGAAGGUCGAGAGCAGAAUCAGAUCCUGUGCCAUUUGCUGCCUCUCUGCAGCCCCAAGGAACGACUUGGCCAUUCCAGCCAUACUUAAUACUCAGCCCCAAGGAACGACUUGGCCAUUCCAGCCAUACUUAAUACUGACUCUAAGAUUCAGAAGACUUCUGAAGAGGCCUUUCCUGCAGUUGAUCGUUAGGGAAUUAAAUGGUGAGGGGUUUAUUCUGUUUCUAUACUACUGCUAGUUAGAGUUUUUGGCUGACCAGUUGAUUCAUUUUUUGUAGCCUCUGUAUUUGACUGUAUAGUAGUAUUUUUCUUCUAACCGAAUUCAAAAUAGAAGAGGGAUGUUGUAGAAGAGGAGAUAGAUAUUGGCCACCUUUGUAAUGUCUAUAAUGGGAAAUUAAAUUUUGGUUUUA